GCACAUUGGUUGGAGCAGUUCCCCCCACAAUUCAAUGCUUGGACUUGGGCCGUUUGUGCAAAAAGUACAAAGACACGAUUGCCAAGUAUGGUGUAAAGAGCACCAAGCAGUACAAGUCGAAGACCGGUGUCAAAAGGUUUGCUGGCUCCAAAGCAUUGAAGUCAACGGGGUCUUACCCUCCAAAGUUUGGACUUCGAUUGGCCAGGCUUUACCCACGAUUCAUCCGCACACGUCCUCGCUUCUGGGCUCAUGUGGAGGAGAACAACUUGAACUUUGGCAUCGAUCUCUUCGAAUCCUUGCCGUGGCAUGA